AUGCCCAGAUCGGGUUAUGACAAUACAAACUGCACCAAUUCUGAAAAACAGAGAACCGAGGGACCAUUACAAACUUCCACAGAUACUCCAAGAACUGUCGCUGGAACCAUACGUAUACCAAGGGCUUUCCCUCUUCUCGGUACCGAUUCAAAUCAGCCAUAUUCUUCUACUUCACGGAUAUCGAUAGCCCCACGACCAGCAACGGCUCAGCUACCUUCGUACACUCCUUCGCUGCCUUCGAUUUCGUCUAUUAUAUCAGCGCAUCGUCCUUAUAGCGUACCUUUCCAGGAGAAUUCAACGAACAUUCAGUCCUCUCCUGCUUCAACUUCAGCAAACCCAACAAUUUCUCCAACUCCACCGUUACCGAGACCAAGUAUCAAUAGAAUCGCAUUGCCUACAGUCCGUGACCAGGGAGUCAACAGGAACCGAAUAUUAGGCAUAGAAGAUCUAGGAGGCAACGCUCUGCAACAUUACAUCCAAGGUCCUGUGCGAGAAUCAACCGAAGACCUCGAGCCCAGACGCAAGGUAGACGAGAGAUACGCCAUCAGUCCAUCAGACAUCACCUUAAUGCAGGCGGCCAUGAUUUCAUGCUCCCUAAAUCAUCCGCUUCGGAUGCUCCUCGCUCGGAAGGUCAACAGGCUAACGAAGGACAUGCCCGCCCAGAACUAUCUGGCACUCCAGCCAAUUUAG